UUCUCGGGUCCUAACGGUCAAAUUUUCCAAAGUAUCGCACUCCCUAUUUCUCAGCUUUUCCUCGCAAAUUCCAACUUUCGCUAACACAAUUUAACGAAACAAACGUAUGUCAUUGUUUCUGCUUUUCGAUUUUCAGGUCUAGUCACCUUAAAAUGUCAGCAUGCCAAGGCAAUGUACUUUUGCGCAUGCAAUCAGCAUUUAGAUCUCUUCUAUAUGAAUUGCAGUUAAUAUGGGAGGAGAUUGGGGAAUCUGAUGAUGAAAGGGAUAAGGCGAUAGUUGAACUUGAACAAGAAUGUUUAGAAGUGUUCAGAAGAAAAGUAGAUCAGGCAAACAUGCGUAGAGCUCAGUUGAGGCUGGCAAUUGCUGAUGCUGAAGCAGAGCUUGCUGCUAUCUGCUCUGAAAUAGGAGAGCAACCAGUGCAUAUCAGGCAGUUUGAUCAUAAACCUGAAAGCUUGAAGGCUGAACUCAGAAUGAUCCAACCACUGAUAGAGGAGUUGAGAAAGAGAAAAAAUGCUAGGAAGAAUCAAGUGUCUGAGAUCCUCGCUGAGAUGCAGAGCAUAAAGAAUGAAAUUUGUAGCUCAAAUGGGGUUUCCUCUAAUGAACCACAAACCAUUGAACCUGAUCUUUCGAUAAAGAAGCUUGAGGAAUUGCACAGAGACUUGAGGGCACUUCAAAUGGAAAAGAAAAAGUGUCAGAAGAUGACACAAGGCCGCCUGAACUCUUUGCACUCCCUGUGUGUGGUGCUUGGUUUGGAUUUUAAAAAAGUUGCUAAUGAAAUCCAUCCGAGUUUAGGAGAAGCUAAAAGCUCAAAAUAUAUUAGUAACAGUACUAUAGAGCAAUUGGGGCCUGCAAUACAACAACUAAGAGAGCUUAAAUUACAGCGAAUGCAGCAGUUACAAGACCUUACGGCUUCAUUGUUGGAGCUCUGGAACUUAAUGGACACACCAAUCGAAGAGCAACAGAUAUUUCAGAAAGUUACUUGUAAGCUCGCUGCUUCAGAAGACGAGAUAACGGAGCCCAACAUGCUUUCUAUUGACCACAUUAAUUGUGUCGAGGCAGAAGUUUCUCGCUUGGAAGAGUUGAAAGAAAGCAAGAUGAAGGAACUUGUUCUGAAGAAGAGGGCUGAGUUGGAGGCUAUUUGUAAGAAGACUCAUCUUACUCCGGAGAGAAAUAGUGCAAUGGCAAAGGCAAUGGCAAUGGCAAUGGAAAUAAAUGCUACUGAAUCUGGAUCUGUUGAUGCUGCUUGUGUGCUUGAUGCAAUUGAGCUUCAAAUAGCUAGAGCUAAAGAGGAGGCUCUCAGCAGGAAAGAAAUUCUCGAGAAGGUUGAGAAGUGGAUGGCUGCGCGUGAAGAGGAAAGCUGGCUCGAAAAAUAUAAUAAGGACGGUAAUAGGUAUAAUGCUGGGAGAGGUGCUCAUCUUACACUAAAACGUGCUGAAAAGGCUCGUGCUUUGGUCAAUAAGCUUCCAGCAAUGAUGGAUACACUUGCUUCAAAAAUCUUAGCUUGGGAAAAUGAGAGAGGAAUUGACUUCAUUUACGAUGGCGUCCGUGUGCUUACUAUCCUUGAAAGUUAUAAAGUUCUCAGGAAAGAUAAAGAAAUACAGCGGAAAAGACAGAGGGACCAAAAGAAACACCAAGGACAGUUAUUAACAGAGCAGGAAGCUGUUUAUGGUUCAAAGCCUAGUCCCAUAAAGAACCCGAAUGUGAAGAAAGCACCUAGAUUAUCAUAUGCUGGGGCAAGUAAUAGAAAAUUAUCUCUUGGUGAACCUAUGCUACAUUCUCAUGUGACCCCUGCAGUGAAAGCUAUACCUAAUAUUCAGACCGCCAAGAAAAAUGAGUGUAUAAAUCAGAAAGCACCUAGAUUAUCGUAUGCUGGGGCAAGUAGUAGAAGAGUAUCUCAUGCUGAACCUAUGCUGCAGUCUCAUGUGACCCCUGCAGUGAAAGUUAUCCCUAAUACUUGGACCACCAAGAAAAAUGAGUGCAUAGAUCAGAACCGUCGCAAAGAUGAUAGACAUGCAGCUUCCUCAUCGGUUCAGAGAAGAGGUCUGAACCGGGCUGGCAUUACCACAAAACAACAUUCUUCCAACUUAUCAAAUGCUCGUGAAGCAGGGCGACAAUUGGUGCGAAAGCCUUUCUCUCCUCUUUCUUCCGCAAAUCCAUCAAAAACAACUGCAGCAAAUGUCAUGGAAGACCUGAACAGGAAACACGAUGAGUUAUGGCAGAAGCUGCUUACAAUCAAUAGGACACCUCCCAAUAUUAAGUUGAGAGCUGAGCAAGAGAAUAGAACACCUCAGAAGACACCAACAACUGCACCUUUAACACCCAAAGCAAUAUCCAUUCCAAUGCAGACAGCUGUAACACCAGCUUCCAUCAAGACGACAUCCAUUGCUCGAGUUGAAGAGGAGCUUGAGUACUCGUUCGAGGAGAGGAGAGCUCAUUUUGUGCUGCCUAAAUCACCUCUGAUUAAUGUGGCGCGAGUUUGAAAUAUGAACAUUGAUCAUGGCGCCUUAAGUUAUACUGAGUUAUUUGAUUAUUCAAUGUUGUGAAUACAGGUGAGUUCUACUGUUCUUUCCUUGUGUGCGUAGUGUGUAUACAGUAUAGAGGCUCUCGAAUUUGGAUGUUGUAGCGGCGAUGCGAGUUUCAAACUCCAACAUUUAUUUAUAAUUGUAGUAGUUGUUUUGGAAGGUUGAUAAUGAUAUCCAUUUGUUUCAUGUU